AUGCCCGAGGUGACAUAUGUUCAAGUUCGAAAGUUUGACAAGAAAGGCCUAAAUACCAAAAUCAAAGAUCCGAAAAUUUCUCAGCAAAGUAAACGAACGCGAUUCACCCUACCAGGUCGUACACUUCAACGAGAACUUAGAAAUAAUACGAAGUCAAAUUGUGGAUCGUUAAAGAAAAGAUCAAAUGCCUUAAUUGUUAUGCCGGUUUUGCUGGAAACAGUCAUUCAAAAGUGGUUAGAUCUCGUACAAAGAACGGCAUUGCAGCAACAAAGAUGA